CGCAGGCGUUCGGCUGUCGCCCCCGCCCCGCUUCCUCAGCCGUCUUCUCUGUGGGACUCGGGUGGGGCCCGGGAGCGGCGAGUGACAGCGACGGCGGGCGGCGGCCGCAGGACGGGGAGCAGCCAUGUCGGACAGCGGGGCGAGCCGCCUGCGGAGGCAGCUGGAGUCGGGGGGCUUCGAGGCGCGGCUGUACGUGAAGCAGCUGUCGCAGCAGUCGGACGGCGACCGCGACCUGCAGGAGCACCGGCAGCGCGUGCAGGCGCUGGCGGAGGAGACGGCGCAGAACCUGAAGCGCAAUGUCUACCAGAACUACCGGCAGUUCAUCGAGACGGCGCGCGAGAUCUCGUACCUGGAGAGCGAGAUGUACCAGCUGAGCCACCUGCUGACGGAGCAGAAGAGCAGCCUGGAGAGCAUCCCGCUGGCCCUGCUGCCCGCCGCCGCCGCGGGCGCCUCCGCGGCUGAGGACCCGGCGGGCGCGGGGCCCCGGGAGCGCGGGGCGGCCCAGGCAGGCUUCCUGCCCGGCUCGGCGGGCGGUCCCCGCGACGGCCCCGGCGCGGGCGAGGAGGGCAAGCAACGCACGCUCACCACGCUGCUGGAGAAGGUCGAGGGCUGCAGAGACCUGCUGGAGACGCCGGGCCAGUACCUGGUGUACAACGGGGACCUGGUGGAGUACGAGGCGGACCACAUGGCCCAGCUGCAGCGCGUGCACGGCUUCCUCAUGAACGACUGUCUGCUGGUGGCCACCUGGCUGCCGCAGCGGCGGGGCAUGUACCGCUACAACGCGCUCUAUCCGCUGGACCGCCUGGCGGUGGUCAACGUCAAGGACAACCCGCCCAUGAAGGACAUGUUCAAGCUGCUCAUGUUCCCCGAGAGCCGCAUCUUUCAGGCGGAAAAUGCCAAGAUUAAACGCGAGUGGCUGGAAGUGCUGGAGGAAACCAAGAGGGCGCUCAGCGACAAGAGGAGGAGGGAGCAGGAGGAGGCCGCGGCCCCCCGCGCGCCUCCACCGGUCACUUCCAAGAGCGGCAACCCGUUUGAAGACGAGGAUGAUGAAGAACUGGUCCCCCCCGAGGUAGAGGAGGAAAAGGUAGACCUCUCCAUGGAGUGGAUCCAGGAGUUGCCCGAAGACCUAGAUGUCUGUAUUGCGCAGAGGGACUUUGAGGGCGCCGUGGACUUGCUGGACAAACUGAAUCACUACCUGGAAAAUAAGCCCAGCCCACCUCCUGUGAAAGAGCUGAGGGCCAAAGUGGACGAAAGAGUGCGGCAGCUCACCGACGUGCUGGUGUUUGAGCUCUCCCCGGAUCGCUCUCUGAGAGGUGGCCCAAAGGCGACUCGCAGGGCAGUGUCGCAGCUGAUCCGGCUGGGCCAGUGCACGAAGGCCUGUGAGCUGUUUCUGAGGAACAGGGCAGCAGCCGUGCACACUGCCAUCCGCCAGCUUCGGAUCGAGGGCGCCACCCUGCUCUACAUCCACAAACUCUGCCACGUCUUCUUUACCAGCCUGCUGGAGACGGCAAGGGAAUUUGAGACAGACUUUGCAGGCACGGACAGCGGCUGCUACUCUGCGUUCGUGGUCUGGGCAAGGUCUGCGAUGGGCAUGUUUGUGGAUGCUUUCAGCAAGCAGGUUUUCGACAGCAAGGAGAGCCUGUCCACUGCAGCCGAGUGUGUGAAGGUGGCCAAGGAGCACUGCCAACAGCUGGGAGAGAUUGGGCUGGAUCUCACCUUCAUCAUCCAUGCCCUGCUGGUGAAGGACAUCCAGGGGGCCUUACACAGUUACAAGGAGAUUAUCAUUGAAGCUACCAAGCACCGAAACUCAGAGGAGAUGUGGCGCCGGAUGAACCUGAUGACCCCUGAGGCCCUGGGAAAGCUCAAAGAGGAGAUGAGAAGUUGUGGGGUCAGUAACUUCGAGCAGUACACGGGAGAUGACUGCUGGGUGAACUUGAGCUACACAGUGGUGGCUUUCACCAAGCAGACCAUGGGCUUCCUGGAGGAGGCGUUGAAACUAUACUUCCCAGAGCUACACAUGGUGCUCCUGGAGAGUCUGGUGGAAGUCAUCCUGGUCGCCGUGCAGCACGUGGACUACAGCCUGCGGUGCGAGCAGGACCCAGAGAAGAAGGCCUUCAUCAGGCAGAAUGCAUCCUUCCUUUAUGAAACUGUCCUCCCAGUGGUGGAGAGGAGGUUUGAGGAAGGUGUGGGGAAACCUGCCAAGCAGCUGCAGGACCUGCGGAAUGCAUCCAGACUCCUGCGGGUGAAUCCCGAGAGCACCACUUCUGUGGUCUGAGGCCCUGGUCUGGGGUGUGCGUGUGUGUGCGUGUGUAUAUGUAUGUAUGUGUAUGCACGUGUGUGUGUGCACAGACUACAGUGCACUAUCUGUAUUUAUAUGACACUUUUGUCAGCACAUUCCUCAGAGUCAAAACAGCGUACACAGUACCCUCGUAGAAACACAGUUAAAGGAGAAAAGAAAAUGUGUUAAGUGCCCCCAUACUGGAAUAUUAGAGCAUAAGCCACACUUUCAUACUAACUCCUUAAGGAAUGCAUGGUCACACCAUGGCAUUUCAGAUUACCCUCCAACUUGAAACACACUUCUCACCGUAGGACAUUCAGGAGCAAUGCACUCUGUGCCACCUAGAAAAAUAUGUAAACCCCAGCAAAAUUGUAGCUUCUUAAUGGUCAGUGCUAUGUAAUGCAUUGGCUUUAUGUAUUCCUUAAACUAAUCCGUUUGGAGAGAAGACAGGAGUUGGGAAAACUGGUUUGGGAUAGAUUUGGAUAAGUGGGUACCAGAUUCUCCAGUGUUCAUAGGUACAUGGAAGUCUUCAUAAAACAACUCCGCAGACAUCCAAAAGAUAGUAUGUUCCAUGGCUAAUUAGCAUCAUAGUAUUUCGCUCUAGUGCAUCUUUCCGGGAAUCACAAGGACUAUGGUGAAUUUUUAACAUAUUCCAGACCAAUGAAUUUGCUGCUGCAGUGCCUUUGCCAUGUUCAGGAAGGGAAAGGCCCACCCCAAGAAGCCUGGCCGUGGGUGAGUGGCUGCAGGCUGCUGUGGGCCCCAGCCUGGUUUAGGAGCCACUGAGAUUUAAGGUGAAUGCAGAGCUCCUUUUCUGAAUAUUUGCUGGUAGUUCAAGGUCUGUGUAGAUGAGGAGUUAGAAAAGUAAUGCAAACUCACUGUUAAAGAAUGCCUGCUUUGAGCAGAUAUUUGUUUUCUUGAGAUAGGUUUCAGCCCAGGCUGGUGUCAUGGGCUGGUUUUGUACCCAAGGAAGACCCUGAAUUUCUAAAUCUAACUCCACUUCCCAAGGGCUGGGGUUACAGGUGUUUGCCACCAUGCCCAGUUUAUGCCAUGUUGGGAAACCCAGGGCUUUGUGCAUACCAGGCAAGCACUCUACCCGCUGACCACACCCUCUGCCCUGAUGGGUGUCCCUUUUUUUGUUUGUUUUGUAACUUAGUGGAUAAUUGAGGAGAGAUAGAUAUGCCUCAAGCACAGGGAAGGGACCUUUUGUGACCCCUCCAAUGCUGUGUUGCACUUUAAAACACAAGAGCCAGGAAUGCCGAUGCUUUUAAUCGCUGCACUGGAAGCAAGAGGCAGGAGAGGCAGGUGUGCGUAUUCAAGGCCAGCCAGGUCAACAAGGUGAACUCCAGGACAGGCAGGGCUCUGUAGAAAGACCCUGCCUCAAAAGCAACAAAAAAAAACAACUUUUAGGAGAAUUGCAGGUUAUAUCAGAUUGUUCAGUAAAGGAAAGUGUAGGCGAGUGGGAGCUAGGCUUGUAGAAUGCUCUGCUCUAUGCUGAUAUCUAAUGUUCCUAUAGUAGAAAGUGUUUUCCAAGACCUGCUUACCACAGCUUCCACCUGUGGCUUGUGUUCAUGAUGCUGUUCUUAUACCACUGCUUCUAAGGGUUAUUUCUCCUCUGAAUACAAAAGAUAGUGUUAAGACAUAAAAUUGUGUAAAACCUUAAAUGGAGGGCUGGAGAGAUGGCUCAGAGGUUAAGAGCAUUGGCAUUUCUUUUAGAGGUCCUGAGUUCAAUUCCCAGCAACCACAUGGUGUCACAACCAUCCAUAAUGAGAUCUGCUGCCCUCUUCUGGCAUGUUUGGCCACAUACAGCCAGAACACUGUAUACAUAAUAAAUAAAUAAAAUCAAGAAAAAACCCAAAAUCCUUAAAUGGUUUCUGCAGUGAUUUAGGGCUAUAAAACUCCUAGGCUUAGUUAACUCAUUUCAGACCAGACCAACAUUUUUAUUUUUAUUUUUUAGCUCUGCGUACUUAAAAAGUUGGAAAUCACCAUUGCUGAUUACUUUUUUCUAUGUUAGGAUUUUUUUUUUUUUAAACAGGGUUUUUCUAUGUAGUCCUGGAUGUCUUGGAACUCUCAAUGUAGACCAGGUUGGCCUUGAACUCAGAAAUCUUCCUGCCUCUGCCUCCUAAGUGCCAGGAUUAAAGGCUUGUACCACUCUGCUGAGCAUAGGGUUGUUUUUCUUUUUUUACAUGACCAUAACUGAUUCCCAGCCAAACAAAAAUAUUAAUUUAAGAUCAUUGGAAAUUUGAAUUUCAUAGAAUUGUGCGGUUGUGGUGAUUAUUUGGUGCCUCCUGAAGUCUGACAUACGGAAUGUUGUGUGUGAAUACAGCGCUGGGUUCUGGGGAAUGGAAAGCUGUGCAGAGAGCUGUAAGAAUGACUAUUUCCCCACAUAAUAAAUCUAUGGAAAUGGAAGUAGAGAAUUUUAUUCUGCUAAGAAUGGGCCAAUGUGUUCCUCAGUAUAGUAGAGGGAGUCUGGCAAGUCUGUGUUCCUGGGAAGCUGACUGGAUCCACCUUGGGUGCCAGACACCAAGCAAGUUCUAAAGCACUGGCACGGUGACGGUGGCAUUCGUUCUGACUCCCCACUUGAACAUUAAUUACCUUUUCUUGUUUGGUUCAACACUAACUGCAUAGAUCAGGAAUUACAGUGGGAUUAAUUAAGGUUGGAAUUUGGUCUCUGAUGAAAGCCUCCUGACACUUAAGUGCUCCAAGUCCUUUCUGUUCAAGAUGCUGCCUGUCGAUAGAUUCCCAGCACUUUCCUCCUGCACCUUGAUUCUCAGCUAGGAUUGGAAGCUGGGGCUUGCUGUUGAAGACGACAGCAUUGCUGUAUACUUCGAUAUGCUGUAAAAUGACAUUUUCUAAACUGAUAAAAUAAAGCUUUACAAUGUUUUCACACCGGAUGGAAUUGCUACUGUAACAUUCAAUUUGGUUAUUUGUCUGCAGUUAUUUUGAUAACAGGAUCUUGCUCUAGCCCU